CCUAGUUAGAUGAAAACGGCAGACUUUAUAUUUUUUGUUGGUCACGUCAUCCUCAAAAAGAUGAAAAAGAGUCAAAACAGCCCCUUUUCUUAAAUUUCUCAUGUUUUGGCUUUCACCAAGGUCACUGUGAUCCAUUUGAACCAUUUGAACUGUGCGAAAUUAUUUCGAAUUUAUGUAUGACCUUGGUUUUCAUGAGUUCCGUAGAUGAGCAGAAAUUUCCAGACAGGGGUUUUGAAUCGCCAGAAUACGUUGAGGACGAUGAAUAUUCCGACUUUGUUCAGACUUAUGAGUCAGUACUUCAGAGAAGAGUUUCUCGUUGGGAAAAGUAUUUCUCUACCCUUCCACCCAAAAAGAGUGCGAGAUUUAAAAGGUUUUGUCGGAAGGGAAUACCGGAUCACAUUCGCCCAACAGUUUGGAUGCAUCUUUCUGGAGCUUAUGAACGAAUGGAAGCUAAUCCAGAUGCCUACCAAAUAGCUGUUUCCAAAGUACCCCCAACACAUAUUUGGAAUGUUAUCUUGGCUGAUGUUCCCCGUACCUUUCCAGAAAACAAACAUUUUCAAGAUCCAGAUGGCCCCAGUAGUAAGCUGGUAUCGUUAAAAAGAGUAUUGUCUGCCUUUGCAGUUCAUUUUCCAAAGAUCGGUUAUUGCCAAGGUAUGAAUUAUAUAGCAGCUGUACUUCUACUCGUUCUUGAUUGUCCACCAAAUGAGAGAGAAAUAAAAGCGUUUUGGUUGUUGGAUGCAUUGAUUAAUCACAUUUUACCAAAAUACUAUUCUUCUGAUAUGUUAGCUGUACGUGUUGACUGUAUGGUAUUCAAUCAGUUGUUGAAAGAUAAAAUUCCCACAGUUCAUAAAAUAAUCAUGAAUUCAGGUAUCACUUGUACAUUACUUGCAACAAAAUGGUUUAUAUGCUUAUUUGCUGAUGUAUUGCCAAUUGAGACAACAAUUCGUGUUUUCGACUGUUUAUUCUAUGAAGGGGAUAAAGUACUCUUUCGUGUAUGUCUAUCAUUGGUCAGAUUACAUUAUAAAGAUUUAAUUCAAUGCAAUGAAUUUCCUAUCCUGAUUACAGCAUUUCGUAACAUGUGCAAAGAUAAACAAACACUAUACUGUCACCAGUUUAUUGAAUCAAUGUUUCGUUCACAUGGUUCAUUGCCCAAAUCAAAAAUUGCUAAACUUCGUAGUCAAUUUACACAACAAAUAGAAAAUGAUACUGGUGAUCCAGAAUAAUUUGUAUGUAUUAUUCAAUAGUUUAGAAGAUAUUUUUUAUGGUUUUCCUAUCUAUUCACACUCUUUUCAUGAUAUACUUUCGACUUGUUCAACAUGUGCUUUAAAUUCAAUUCAUUCUAAUGGUGGAUUGAUCUUGUUUGAAACAAGUUCAUAUUAGAAAUCAAUAUUGUUGUUGAUCAGUAAAUAAGAUGAUCGACAGUUUAUAUUUUGAUGAAAUUAUCUAUAUUGUCAAUGUUACAUCAUAAUUCCAUUGUAUUAAAGAAUAAUGAUAGUGAUAUACACACAAAUUUAAUGAUCAUUCAAUAUAAGUAGUACUACAAAACUGUUUAUCAUUUUUCGUUUGUUUGUUUGUUUGUUUUCAUGUCUAUAUGAUUCGCAUAUAGAAUUCAAACCUGUUUAUUGAAAUAUUCUAUUUCUAAUAUUUACUACCUCUUGCUAGAGCAAUAGACUAAUUUAAUUUGUUUUUACAGAUGACUUUGUUGUUUUUGCUUUUAAAAGAUUAUGUUACAUAAAUUUGUACUGAAGUGUUGAAGAGUAAGUACAUUAGUCUAUAAACAAUUCUUCAUGGAUGUGUUUGUUUUUUUCUUUUCGCCAAAAAAAAUGACAUUGAAGCGGGUGAUGAACGACAACAAGUAAAAGAAGAAGAAGAAGAGUACAUAUUUUUAUGUUAUCGUUUAUUUGUACGUUUUUGUUUACUUUGUGUACAACCAGUAUUUUAAUUGAUGAUGUCUUUCAAUGAUAGUCAAUUGUCUUUUUGUUCUCUUUUCUUUUCUUUGUUUCUAUGAGAUGAUCUCUUCAUUAAGUUAUUUAUAUUAUCAUUCUCUUAUAUUAUGAUAUAAUAUAAUAGAUCUUAAUAUGCAAUAUAUAUAUAUAUAUAUAUAUAUAUAUAUAUAUAUAUAUAUUGAUUUAUUUUAAUAAAAAUGUUUAUCAUGUGCCUUCAAUGAAACUAUUAUUUAUUUCUAGAUAAUUUGAUUAUUAUGUGUGAACGGUUCCGUUUCUGUGUGCUGGUUAUGGUAGAUUGUUUUGUGUGUGUGUGUGUGUGUAUCUGUUGCAUUGUGAAAACUCAUAAAUCCUAUGUAUUAUCCGCUUUAUUGAAAUACGCUUUUAUUUAUAUUAAUACUACUACUGCUAAUGAUCAUGAUAAUACAAUGCAUAUGUAUAUUGUGCAAUAAAUUUUGUUGAUCUGACUUGAGUUUUAUUCUUUGGAUUAAUUAUUCAUGUCUACGUCACUUAUCGUAGUUACAUUAACUUUUUUAACUUCCUCUAAAUGUUGAGUUAGAGUAUUCAUUCAUACAUACUUAUCAUCCACUUCACCUCUUUUAACAAUAUUCUGAAUCCUUAGUCUUUCUCAUUGUCAUUUUAUUUUUUUGAGCUAUCAUGAUUUAAAACUUUAGUUUUGUCACAUUUUUGUGCCGUGAUCUACAUAGAUGAUAACGUAGAUUGAUGAUCCCGACCGUUGUUGUCACCUAGACGUGGUAGUCGGGCUUGCCUAUAGUGAUGAAUCAGUCGACCUAUACUGGCUAAAACAGUCGUUCUUCAAGGUCCUACCAUGCCAGACAGGUCGGUUGAAGAGCGGUAAGACUAAAAGCAGCAAACCGAAGGCGAAGUCGUACUGCUGACUGUACGGAGUUGUGACGACAGUAAGGUGUUCCCUUCAGACAACCAGCAUAACAGCGAUGCUGCCUUCUCACAAAGGAAGGGCGGGGUUGGAAAACAUUGACCCUAAAAAUGCACAUCUCACCUUAUCCCACAAGUGUCCGUCUCCGGCGGUAAGGUCUCAACAAGUACGGAGAUAACACGAAAAUUACUCAUAAAAAGGUCGUUCGUGACCGAGCUCAAGCAGUUGUCCCCUGGGCACUGCGGUCACGCUCUCAGGUCACUAAGACCAUCUCUAAUCCAAUUUCCUUUUCAGGUACCUCCAGAAGAACUCUUUCACACUGUGGGCAACCGGGAAGUGAUAACUGCCCUCAUAAUUCUAACAGCACUCAAGACCACUGACUAAGAACGAUGACAGAAGUUUGGAUUCAAUAAUGUUCCUUUGGUUAGCUUAUGAAUACUUUCAUACUAACAUUCUGGUGAUCACAAUUGGAUAACAUGCUUUUCAGUGUUCUCAGAGCCUUUCUUGGCCUUUUUUGAGGAAUUUUCUGGAUCUCUCCAACAUUUGAUUUCAUCUUACUUAUGUGUUUGUCACAAAGUUCAAAAGUGAAUACACCGAAAUUCCCUUCGGUUCAACACAUAUUGAAAAUUUCAUCUAAUCAUUGUAAUAAUGUCCAUCUUAAUGUUGUAUCGAUUGCGGAGCAUAUUAUUUAUUGGAUUAUCUAAAAGAAAUGAUAGGACCUGCUAGCGUUAUUUAAAGUUGUAAACAAAAGGUAUGUUUGACUUAUGGUUUUAAUUUGAAUGCUGUCUUUGAACUGAAUCAUUUAGCUGCGACCCGUCCAUCAACAUUCCCAGCGAUAUCAUUUGAGCUUAUUUUAAAUGUGAGUGAAUGUUUGAUUUUCCCAUAAUCAGUCUACUCUGAGAGGUUUGUUAAUGAUUGUCUGUUCACAGAAGCUUUCUUACCUUUACACUCACAUCCACCUUCUAUUUUGUUAGUCUAAUGAAUGCAACACCAUCUGGUUAGUGUUUUUUAAGCAAUGUUGUUUUCGACGGGAUGAGGUUGAUGACCCCAUGCCCAACCUCCUUCACUUACCCGGGCUUGGGACCGGUAGUAAUCCUAGAAAAGCUACACUAUCUGCUAGAAGUAAAUUUGCUGAAAAGAAUUUUAUUUUAAUUCUUUUUUUCAAGAUCGAGUACAAUGAAAGGAUAGAAAGAUGCAUAUCUCUGAAUUCUAUUAAAAAUAAUGGAAGGAGUGCGUAUAUAUACAUGUUCACAUAUAUCUUCAGUUUGAUUCCUGUAUUUAUGAUUCUUAACCAAAAGCCGUAUCAUCAGCGUUGGGGUUGCUGAGACUUUUCAAGACUAAAGAUGUAACAAUAAAUUAGUGAAUAUGGGAAAUUUUAAACUUAUGAAAUGGUGGAAAUUUGUAGCUCAGGUGGAUGAUUUUGGUAGAGUUUUGUUCUCUGAGCUGGAUGGUUUGAUCACGGAACUUCCAUCGUUCUUCUAAUUGCAAUCAUCAGUAUAAACUUCAGGUAGAAGUGAAGUGCUCCAAUUUCUCCAUAUAUGACUCACAAAUUAUCCUGACGACCUAGGCCGUGAUUGGUUGUUGUUGGUCUUUAACCUAUCGUUCUUUAUUUUGAUCGUAUCUCCCAUUGGUUUGAUUCUUGGUCCCAUAUUUGUCUAUAACUCUGCUGAUUGGUUGACAAGUUGGAUCAAUUUCAAUGUGUUUGUUGAUUGCCGAUUGACCUGAGAGUGCCAAGCUUCUGCAAAUUAUCUUGUAUUUUUAGAAUUCAAUCUAUCUAAGAUCUCAACAUUUUCUGAAUCACAUAUGUGUCCACAUGCAUUGAUAUAAGUGAGGAUAUAUCAUGGCGUUUGACAGCUAACUGAUAUUCGUUCAGUCGAAAAUGAGAAGAGUUUAAGAUGGAGGUAUCCAGUCUUUGCAUCAUUGCUUCUGCAGUAAGUCCUCAUAUUGAUGUUUUUUUUAAAUAUCUGUUUUAAUAACAAAUUCUCGACCUUAAAGUGAAGUGUGGUCAACUUCUAUAUCAUGAAUUUACUAGUGUUGGGAUUUAUGAACCACUGUUUUGUAACUGAGUGAUUUAAAGAUAAUCUUGUCGCCGAAAUCUGAAGAUCGUCGGCUUAAUCCCAAGAUAUAAUUGGAUGGAUAGAUUGUUGAAGAAUGUUAAACUAUUUCAAUACAGUUGUUCAUUGUUCAGUCAACCAUUCGUUAAAGUAAGUUUUUGAUGAGUAGAUAUCUUGAAAUUCAACUAAUCUUUGCAACCAACUCAAAGUUGAAUUUUAUUUUAUUCGUGAAUUUUUUUUUGACGUAAUAUUGUAGUAAACAAAAACACAAGUGGACAUAAUUGAAUGUAUUUGAAUACAAUCUUACAGAAUCUCUUAGUAAAAUCUAAGAACCAUACAGUAAAUACAUCAUUUGCAAAAAUAUCCAUCAAUUGUCUCAAAGUACAUUGUUUUUUCGUUUCCACAUCAAUCAUUCUCUGUUCUCGUUCUCUUUUCUGUGAUCUUCUUAACCUUCUGCUGUCGGGUAUUUCACUUUCGAUGGAUGAUACAUACUACUUAUAUAUCUAUUGACAUCUAUAGUACACACUACAAUAUAAAAUCAACUACUGAUUUAAAGCUAUUCAUUCCUAUGUGUUUGAUUUGGCCUUUCCGUUAAUGUUUAAAUGAACUUUUUCCAAAAAGAAAAAAGGGAAGAAAAAAACAAUAACAGUCCAACUUGGUUACAACUCAUUGAAUAAUAGAAUUGAAACAAACCAAAUAGAAAUUAUAAGAAUCAUGUGAGUAGAAUGUUUGCCCUAUUCACACACAAACACACACAUGGACAAUGUCAAAUUUCAAUGAUCAUUUUAAUAUAAAAAUUACAAAUCAAUAAGAAUGUUCAUGAAUUAAUAAGAAAUCGAAGUACACAAUCAAACAAUAGUAGAAUGAAAUUGAAAAUCAAUUAUUUAGAAUUAUGAAGUUUGUACUGCAGAGGAUGUCGUUCAGAAGAAUGAUGAAAGCCCUACGAUCAAACCAUCUAGUUCAGAGAAUAAAACUCCAUCAAAUGAUAAUACAGACAGAUUGUUCUAAGUUGAACUUUUCAUGAUGGAGAAGACUUUUGUCCUAUAUAUCUAGUGAAGGAAAUUUUUGUUUUAAUUAUCAGAUCAGCUAAGUUCAAUUUGAAACUAGGGCAAUAAUCUACAGUUUUACUUGCAUAUGAUUCAAGAAGAUUUUCCCACUUCCACGAAUUUCAGACUUUAGCGCAUGAUUGUUUCUGGUGAACACUUGGAAAAAAAGUUGGAUACAUUUUAAUAAACUGGUCAUUAGC